AUGCUCCGUCGUGUGCAAGAAGUCCUCUCCAAGAAAUUCCCGAGAUGGGUAUUUGAUGAGCGGUCCGGACCACUGGACUGGUCCAUUUUGCCAAUGGAAAUGAAACGAGAAAUUGUGAAACACACGGAUUUUGAAACCAGAUGUCGACUCCGUCAAUGUUCCAAACAAGACCAACAAAUAGUGGAAUCUCUGAAAGUCGGAAUCCCAUUUAUUCAAAUUGAAUCGGACAAAAAUUUUGCGUCAGUCAUGAUUUUUGAGAGUAAAACCAAAGUGAUCAAAGUUGAAGUGAGCAAAAAACUUGUGUCCAAACUGUCGAAAAAGCCUAAAAUAAAAAUAAGCGAUAACAUUGAAGGAGCGAACCCUAGACAGAUUCGUAGCUGCCACGAUUUUGAUGCAAUUGUGGACAGUCUGCUAAGAGCAAUUUACCGAGACAAUGUCUCUAUUGACAGCUUGAACCUGAUUUUGAAAUAUUCAAAUGAUAUUAUCACCAAUUAUCUCGAUACACACUAUAGAGAACAGUUUGGCCCUCGUCGGAAAACUAAAAUCACUUGUAGUGGUGUCGGAUUUUUGGUGGCUAAUGUAUAUUUUCUUCCAAUUGAUGAGACAAGAGUUUUUAAUCCAUUGGUAACCAAUUACGAAGAAGGAAGAAUGAUGAUGGCUGAGAAAACAUACAAUGUGGCUCCUUCCGGACAUCUGGCUCGCUUGGGACCAACAACUUUUUGGAAACCUAGCUUACUGAAUUGUAAUCUUGGAGCUCUUAUCGCGGGCAUAAUCUGGAAAAUCAAUACUGAAAUGGAGCGUUUUUUCAUUCCAGACCUUGAAGUUCCCGAGUACCAAGAGUACUGUAAUCGUUUUGAGGGACGGGUCACAAGACAUGGCAAGUUCACUGCUCUCCACAUACCAGUGGGAGAUCAGGAUAAUGAAAAGAAGUUGAUAAUAAAAAUGAGUGCGUGUGGAGUUUUGAUUGAGAAGAAAAGAUUCGAAGAUGUUGCAAUUUUUGAAGAGGGGAAAUGCAUUCUUGGCUGGCUGUGCUCAAAAUGUGAUAAGUCUGUGGAAAGUUGGUACUUCCGAGAAACACACUUCUCGAACAAGCCAGUUUAA